AUUAAAGAGAGUGAGAGAGGAAGCGACGUGUCGUUAUCCGGCACCAACCGACCCACACAACACAUGAAAUAUGUAUCCUAAAUGAAAAACUUCUCCCAGCACAUUUUAUUUUAAGUUUUACUCUUGACGAACAUGGCUAGGAAGAAGAUUCGCAGUACAAGUUCAGAAUCGGCUAGUUCAACAAGUGGCUCCUCAUCAUCAUCAUCAACCUCAUCAUCCUCUUCAUCAUCAUCGUCAUCAUCUGACUCAUCAUCAUCUUCAGAUACUGAUCAGUCUUCUGCAGUCUCAACGAGAAGCUGUGCCCGCUCCCGUGCUGCUUCCACUGACCAGGACUCCCCCCAGAAGCCUACUCCCUCCACCCUGGCUCCCAAGGGGGGGAGAGAACUCCCUCCUGCCAACCCCCCACAGACCCGCCCCCAAACCAGGGGGUCAUCUGAAUCUGAACCAGAGACUGCUGCUGCUCCAAGCAAACGUGGUCCAAAAACGUCAGCCACAACUAUACCUAAAAGCACAGCCCCAACUUCAAGCACUCAAAGAAAGACUGGCCCAAAGCCAGCUGCACGACCUCAGCAAGCGGCUACACAGAAGCCUCCAAGUAAAACACAACAACAGAAAGGGAGUGGUGCUGUUGUACAACAGAAGAAGUCAGCACAAAGCAAGAAAUCUCUAGGGAGUGGAGGUGCAUCAUCCACGGACAAAUCCUCAAAGAAGAAGUCCAUUUUCUCCCCAGACAACAGCACUGAUUCUGAGAGCGAGACCAAGAGGCCAGUGAGUAAAAAGGGACCACAACCUAAGUCACAGCCCAAGCUUCAGCCCAAACCGCAGCCAAAGGCACAACCUAAAACCUCGGCAGUCCAGAAAUCUAGUGCUCAGCAGCGGAAAGGAGCUAGUAAAGUUAAUGAAAAAGUAUCGGAGAAGUCUUCAGAAUCGUCAACAAAUUCUUCCACAGCAUCCUCAGGAAGUGAUAGUGACAGCUCUUCUGACUCUUCAGCAUCAGCUAAAUCCUUAUCUGAUAAACCAGUCAUUCAACAAAUAGUGCGUAGAAAGUCUCAGACUAAGUCUACACCAGCCUCAACUGAAAGUGAUAAGGAAGAGGAGGAAGAGGAAGAUGAGGAUGAAGAAAACACUCCUAGAAAACAUGUGACGAGAUCAUCCAGUGUUCGUACCAAGAGGGGCUCCCUAUUAGGGAUGCAAAAGGGGACUGAAUCAGAUUCCGAGAAUAAUGUUGCGGGAAGCACCUGCGUCUUUGAUCGACAAGGCUUGGACAUUCCACUAGAACAUGGUACACUCUCACGGAUACCAAGCAAUCUUCACUGUAUGGUUGUGGAUUUCCCAUCAGUAGGAAAGAUACGAAGAGGUUCUCGGAAUGGAGGGCCAAAAAAGCCAGCAGGAGCACCUACAAAGUCAGGUGCCCGUGCCAAAACGAAAAAGCCAAUUCCAUUGGAUAUUUUGGAAAACACACCACUACCUCCUAUUGAAAAGCGAAAGUGUCCAGUAGAAGGGUGCGACUCCUCUGGUCAUCUUGGUGGUCUGUACGAGAGGCAUUUCUCUGUUGAGGCUUGUCCGGUUUUUCACAACGUAACAAAAGAUGAGACUAAGAAUAACCGUCAGAAUCGAGAAUUGGAUAAUGUAGAAAGAGAGAAGGCAAAACUUCUUGUUGGAAAUAAAUCUCCUCGUAAUGGCCCAAAUGUUGAACAAAGAAAUUAUUGUAAUAAAAUUAGAGACUCUAGAGAUAAGCUAAGUGAACCUCGCCCUGGUGAAGAAGAAAUGGCUGACAGAGAUCGACAGCCGGCCCUUCGUGGAUACACUCCUGAGUGGGAUCUUCAUCUAUUUAUGGAGGCUCAGUCUGCUGCAAGUGAAAAAAUUGAAGAUGACCUUAGAGGCCUUCCAGAUAGUAAAGGAAUCCGUUACAUUGAGAUGGGUCGUUAUAAGAUGGAGGCAUGGUACCAGUCUCAGUAUCCAGAUGACUACAACCAGCAACCAAAAAUAUAUAUCUGCGAGUUUUGUCUUAAAUACAUGAGAUCAAGAACUAUAUUGCAGAGACAUUCUGCUAAGUGUGUAUGGAAACAUCCUCCUGGAGAUGAAAUUUAUAGAAAAGAUAAGUUAUCUGUAUGGGAGGUGGAUGGCAAAAAGUACAAGAUAUAUUGUCAAAAUCUGUGCCUACUGGCUAUGCUUUUUCUUGACCACAAAACGCUUUACUACGAUGUUGAACCAUUCCUCUUUUAUAUUAUGACUCAAGCAGAUGGUGAGGGUUGUCACAUAAUUGGCUAUUUCAGUAAGGAGAAAAACAGCUUCCUCAACUACAACGUGUCUUGCAUCAUGACACUUCCACCUUACCAGCGGCAGGGCUUCGGCAGACUCCUCAUAGACUUUAGUUAUCUUCUAACAAAAAAUGAGGGCAAGAUUGGCUCACCUGAGAAGCCUUUAAGUGACCUUGGUCUCAUUUCAUAUCGAUCGUAUUGGAAGGACCUUCUCCUGAAUUACCUGGCUAGCUACACCGAGAAGAAUGUUUAUAUCAAAGAUAUGAGUACAGAAAUGGCUGUAAAUGCAUAUGAUAUUGUGAGCACCUUCCAGGCUAUGGGCAUGAUGAAAUAUUGGAAAGGGAAACACAUCCUUCUGAAAAGACAAGAUUUGUUGGAGGAGUUCUUGGAACGGCAAAAGCGACGACGGGCUGACUAUAAGGAAAUUGACCCCAAGUGCCUCAAUUGGCGCCCCUAUGUUCCGCCACCACCAUCUGAAGAGUCUCAGUCCAACAGCAAUAAAAACAAAACUGUUGCUGCAAACAAGGCAGCUGCAGAUCGUAAGAAAGCACAAGCAGCUUCUGCAUCUCAAUAACAUAGACCUUCACAUGACACUGUGUAAAUUUAAUGUACAGUAAAGUUACAUGGGGUAUAUGGGCAUAAAGCUUGAAUGGUCCCCAAGUCAACAAGCAUCAGAAAACUCUUGACUGCUGAAGGAUUCGAACCCAGUCAGCCAGGGCCUCCAUACCGUUUGGCAAUCCAGUGCUGUUACCACUUAUCCAGCGACUGUACAAAAGUAUUGGGAAGUCGUUAGACCUAUUUGCCCCAUCACCUGACAGCACUUGUGGUAAUAUUGGGCACAGAUAUAUCAUCAAAUCACUUCACUAAUUUGAUGAAAUAUCUGUGCCCAUUGAUGCCACGAGUGCUGUCAGAUGUUGGGGCAUAUAGGUCUCACAACUUCCCAAUCCUUUUGUACAGUCGCUGGCUAAGUGGAAACAGCACUGGACUGCCAAGGGGUAUGAAGACCCUUGCUGACUGGAUUCAAAUGCUUCAGGGAUCAAGAGUUUUGUGAUGGGUAUAUGUGUAUAACAAAAAAUCUGUGAAUUAAGGACAACGAAUGGGGAAUGUACCUACAUGGCUCAAGUGCCUUGUGGUUACCGUCGUGAGACCAAUAAUUCAUUAUCCCCCUGCAUAAUUAGUGCUCCAUUCCAAAUGUGGGCCAGCUCAGAAAUGCAUCUUAUUAAUCAUAACUCAUUCUUAUUUCACAUAUUGUAUACAAAAUAAUUCAACAUUUGUCUCUGCCUCUAAAUUUAUUGCUGGUUAAGUAUUCAUAAAGUAAUAAUGUUUGGAAAACUACAUUUUGAAAUAAUUUUUGUUGGAGAAUGUGGAAUGAUCUCAUGUGUUCUAUGUAGAUAUAAUAUAGAAAACAAGACACUUCUCCCAAGAAAUUAAGGGGAUUUCUCCUGGCACAUUACAUAGGAGAUGUUUGCCGUCUCACAAUUUUUACAAAGAACAAAAUAUGAUUUGAACGACUUUACUACAACCAGAGACUGCAUUACCAGUGUGUGUAUAACAUUUGUAUCAUUGGAAACAUCUUUUCUCGGAGACUUUGAUAAUUAAAUCCUUGAUACAUUAAUGUGAUAAUUUCUGGUAGUGUUUUUAAUUACACAUUGUUAAAAACAUUAUCAUAGAAAACAAAUACAGUAUUUUAAUAAAUAGCCUAAAUAUGCUCUAUUGUGUAACAAAUAUGCGAGUGAUAUUCAUAAGGCUAAACACAAAAAAAUCUAAAUAUGUGAUAGAUUUUAUGAUAUGUUUAUCAUUUCUAUGGAAGAAAAGGUAAUGCUUAUCAGUCUGGCUGAUUUCAACAAAAAUUAUAAAUUUUAUUUUUGUUAAUGACUACAAAAGUAGUGUACAUAUGUGAAUGUUGAAUAUAAUUCUGUACAAUGUAAAUGACAAUAGACGAGUGAUUUCACUAGCAUGUAUAAAACAAGCCAAAAACUGAAGACAUUUUUUAAAGUGCUGGAGUAAAUACAUUAGGCAAUAUUGAGUAAUGUAUUGUCAUUCCUGUUUGACAUGCAGUAUUUACUCAUGAGGUAAUAUUAAAAUUUUAUAAAUAUUUCUUUUUAUUAAAAUAAUUAUAAAAAGAUGAUUAAUGUAAAAGUUAAGUCGAAGUGCAUACAGUCUUGCAGUGUGAUGCAAUGUCUGCCCUUUGUCUCUACCUGUGGGUCCCUCCUAGCCAGCUUACAUGGAGAUAUCAUUCCUUGUCCAAGCAUGUCUUGGCUCUAGUAAUGUGUAUGCUAUUGUCAGGAACUGAUUGUCCUUCCCAUGAUCCUUUGCAUAAUCAAAUUAAAGAAAUUAAACCACUUAUUUAUAAUGGCAUACUGUAUUUUAAAUUUUAGAAGCAAGUCUCAAUUUCUUGAAAAGCUUCUCUGUGUCUUCCCAAACUAUCCAUCUUAAGUCCUCCGAACCCAAGUACCACACCAGGCAUUAAUGAAUCAUGAGCACCUACCUGUGAUUGGGUCCAGAAUUUAGCCCCCUUUGAUAGAGGCAUAAAUAAGGUAAUGAGGAUACAAGAUCAAGUUGCUGAAGGAAAACCCACCAGAGGAGUAGAAGUCACCUAAAUGAGCUACUGUUUGGACAGCAUUUACAACCUUGAUUCGAACAGGGGGAUUCGAACAGCUGCCAUCUGGUGGUACUCUCGCACCACCAGAUGGCAGCUCUGACAUACUGGAGUACUGGGCAGCUAUCCCCCCCAUCAUUCAUGCAUUACCAAAGCAAGACUUCCUGAACACCACAGGAUGACGGGUAUUGCCAAAACGAUGGGAUACAGAGGUAGCCCACCAAUAAGAUGCAUUUCAUUACCUUCAAUGCUGGACUUCUGGGAGGGCUUCCCUCUUUGCAUAGCUCACCAUGGAGACGGAGACAACAAACGAGCUGACCUAGAAGGAAGGGAGCAGAAGAACCAGAACAAAACCUUGAACAACUGGCCAAUACCAAGAAAGCAAGGAGUGGACAAGACAGUCGAGCAGUGAAUGACUUCAAUUCUCGGCUGUAAAUUGUCCCAUGACAAAAUCUAGGGAGGAUUGACUAGGAAAUUACUACUGGUCCCCCAGCAGUAAUUGUUGGUGUAAGGUAGAGUUGUCGUUUUACUGGGGUAGUACUGGUCUACUGGGCUACUACCGUCCAACAACAAAAAGCAGCAGGCAAUUUUCCCCCAGCAAUAAUUGGGACCAGGGAGUAAAACCAAUGAUAGGUCAAGAUACAGGAAAAAACUAGUAGGGGUAAGGUUAGUAGGCUGAGAACAUUUCCUAUCCAUAGGUAGGGAAUGCUCUCAGCCUGCUAACAGUAGUCAGCGGGGUGACUGCUGACUAUGUGUUGUAAAUAUGUGACUCCACAUUUACUCCUGUGUAAAAAAAAAAAAAAAAAAAAAAAUGGAGGGAUGGAGCAGGAAGAUGGCAAAACAACAAAUGACCCUGCAAGAAAAUCUGUUACUAGAACAAUGAACUAUGGAAACAAGUCCAGCGAAGCGAAGCGCCCACUCUAACAUCCAGAGGGAAAUGUAGGAAAUGAUGCACCACCCCCUACCGAGCAGAGUGCAGGAGGAACCCUUGGCUGAAACAAUCGAGCCCACCACCAAGAGUUGGACAUCUAUCUGCAGCUUCAUGUGCCAAUAGAAAAGACAGUUCAGGUGGAAGAAUGAGGGUUUCAAGACAAAAGAAGGCAGCCAAAACAAAAUUAAUAGGAAUGAAGGUGGAGUCACUGAAAAGAAGGGCAUGAAAGAAAGUGAAACCCAAACCAGAUCAAGGUUCAAGAGAAGAACCAGCCAGAGGCACGAAAACCCGAGACUACACUCAAAACCGUGCAGAUGAGGCAGCAUCAAGAGGGGCACCAGAAAGCCAAAUAAAGAGGGGCAGAAGCAGCAGGCAACAGCCAAUGAGCAGCCAAAACUAGAACAGAAUGGUCAUGACUGUUAAAACUGUCACCAGACAUUGGAGAUAACAAUUAUGCUGAGAAAUUAUGCACAAUAUAACCAAUAACUGCUGGCACCAGCAAAGCAGCUGCCAAUGGAUCCCCAGAUCAAACGACCACCACCCACACCCAGAAAUGACUCCCAACUAUCCCUCCAAAAAAACAGAGCCAAGAAAGACACAUGGGGCUGAACACUGUGUCUGAAUACACAGAAACCAAGGCUGACCCAUUCACCAAGGAGGGACAACCCAUUGGUAAAAUUUAUUUGACAGGAAAAUCCACUAUGUCGUGUAGUGGUCUGUGGCAUGGGCUUGGGAGUACCAAGUAUGCAGGUUCGAAUUUUGUUUAUGGCUCCAACUGACUUUCCAACUUUUGGUGAGUUUUGUGGAGUAAUAUGGUGGUGAUGAAUCCCCACUUCCCUAUGCCUCUAUUAAGGAGGCCAGACUCUGGUCCUAGUCUCCAGUAGGAGACUAGGAGUUCUCUUGAUUCAUUAGAAUUGGUAUGGUACCUGGGUAUGGAAAAACUCCUGGUACGUAGCUCAAGGAAGAUACAAACAGGAUCCACCAGAGACAUUUCAUUACAUUUAAUAUUAGAUUUUUUCCCCGUGUAACAUCCAUAUUGACAAAAUAAUAUUUACUGAUAAUAUAUAACUAUGCAUUUGGUCAGGAAGGAUUUCUGUUUUGUUUUGCUGAAAGUACAGCAGAUUUAGACAGGGAUAAGAACUGCCUUAGAUCAACCCACCACAGUUUACUCAUUUAUUUUGCCUUUGCUUCAGAUCAAAAUAAGUCUGGUAAAUUAUAAUAUAAAUUGGAGCAGCUGCUUUGAAUUCAUCAUACUGUAGUGCAUUUCCAAUUUUUUAAAUGAAGCACCGAUAUGAUUCUCAAAGGAUAGUGACUUUGCAUGUAACUGGCAAUUUAGGAGGGACCCUGGGUUUCAUCUGUUCAUUAAUAAAAAAAAAAUAUAUACAGUA